ACAAACAUUAGAAUACAGUCUAAAAAAUAAAUGAAAUGAUAUGUUUUGUGUUUGCCAAAUUCACAUACCUCGAAAGUAGAAUUGAAACAUCGUGUGACGCGCCUAAUAAAAAUACGAGGUCAAAAAUACGAAAACGAGGCUAGCAGGUAAAAAUAAUUUGUAAAAAUAUUGUAAAAAAUCGGAACAUUGGAAUCAUUCUCAAUCAUUCUCAAUGAUGAUAUUUGUUUGAAUUUAGUCAUACAAUGGAAGAGAUUGAAGAUCAGGUGUCGACGACUAACAAGGAUCACAAGGCCAGCGAGCCUUUGCUAAACGGCUCAACGCAGUGCCAAAAACCUGGGAUUUUCGUUUAUAUUUUGACAUUUUUUGCUGCGGUCGGUGGCUUUCUUUUUGGUUAUGAUACAGGCGUCGUUUCAGGUGCCUUAAUCCUUCUGAAAAAACGUUUUCAAUUGACUUUCUUCAUGGAAGAACUUGUAGUGAGCAUUACCAUUGCUGGGGCGAUCAUAGGGGCUCUGUAUGCAGGUCCCGUGAGCCAAUAUUUAGGUCGGAAAUUUGUUUUGAUAUCUUCAGCGAUUAUUUUCACAAUCGGUGCUCUAUUUAUGACAUUAGCUGAAAAUAUUGGUGAGCUGCUUACAGGCAGAGCUAUAGUUGGCCUCGGAAUAGGAUCUGCUUCAAUGACGGUCCCUGUGUAUAUAGCCGAAGCUGCCCCAGCUCAUAUGAGAGGAAAACUAGUGACGUUAAAUAAUGUCUUUAUCACUGGAGGUCAAUUUAUUGCAAGUAUUGUGGAUGGAAUCUUUGCCUAUGACAAAAGAAAUGGUUGGAGGUAUAUGCUAGGUCUGUCUGGUGUUCCAGCAAUCAUUAUGUUGUUUGGUCUUUUUUUCAUGCCGGAAAGUCCUCGAUGGUUGGUAAGCAAAGGCAAGGUGGAAAAGGCCAAAAAGGUUCUGAAAAGAAUAAGAAAUUCCAAUGAUAUUGAUGAUGAAAUAUGCGACAUCUCACAGACGUUACAAAGAGAACGCUUGGCUGAGAAUGAUGGAUCAAAAUGUGGCAUUCUUGUUCGUAUAUGGCAAACUCCUUCAGUAAGGAGAGCAGUUUUUGUAGGUUGUGGUCUACAAGCUAUUCAACAACUUUCAGGAAUAAAUACUGUAAUGUAUUACAGUUCAACUAUCAUCAAAAUGGCAGGUACCAAAAGUGAUGAGGAUGCAAUAUGGCUUGCUGUUCCUGUUGCUUUCACAAACUUUGCAUUCACUUUAGUUGGAGUCUUUUUAGUUGAGAGAAUGGGGCGGCGGAAAUUAUUGCUUGGUAGUUUGGGUGGUGUAAUCCUUAGCCUUUUAUUGCUAAGUGUAACAUUCCUUCUAGAACUACAAUCUUCUCCUGACGUUACACUACGUCCAAAUAUCACAGACUCCUGCACAACCAGCUAUGACCAUUGUUAUUCAUGUAUAGAAGACCAUGGGUGUGGUUUCUGUUAUAGUGAAAUUGGCGGUGAAUAUAUGAAUGGUUCAUGUCUUCCAGUUACAUCAAAUUAUAACACAGACCAUGAUAAGUAUGGUUUAUGUAAUGUAACGACCAAUAGUAACCUACACUGGGGUUAUGACCAUUGUCCUUUCGCCUUAUCCUGGCUGGCUGUGCUUGGGUUAAUUGUCUACUUGGCAUGGUUUGCACCAGGUAUGGGACCUAUGCCAUGGACAGUGAAUUCAGAAAUCUACCCACAAUGGGCAAGAAGUUUUGGGAAUUCAAGUUCAGCUGCAACGAACUGGGUGUUCAAUCUUUUAGUUUCGAUAACCUUUCUUCAUUUGACACAGCUUCUAACAAAAAGUGGUGCGUUUGGUCUGUAUACUGCACUCGCCUUCUUGGGAUGGUUAUUUAUAUACGGCUUAGUACCCGAAACUAAAGGGAAAACUCUUGAAGAGGUUAAUAGAUUAUUUGAAAGUGCAGGAAGGCGUAGCUAUGAAAACAGUGUCAACGGACUUGAUUCUUCAUACGUCAAUAGUGAUGCCUGAUGACACAUACUUUGAUUGAAUUAGAACUCUAUUAACUGAGAAUAAACCUAUGGCCCUGUGAUUUAUUUACCUUGGAAUUCUGGUUUGAAUGUCGGUGCAUUCUACUUAACUUUCCGGUACGUUUGCCCCAGGUUUCUCAAGUUCAAUGAAUUA